AUGCUACCCGGAUGGCACCGUGUUAGCAGGACAUCUAUGUGCAGCUUGCCGGUGCUUGCGCCACAAGAUCGCUCUGCAGCGCUGAUAGCAUUGGGCCUUGAUCCGGCAACCUCUCCGGAUGCAGCGCAAGUGAAGAGGGCAUUCAGGAAGAAGGUGGCACGUCUUCAUCCGGACCUACAAGGUGGUGCGGCAGAAGAUUCUGAGGAGUUCAUGGCAGUCUUGGACGCAUAUGCGGUGCUCAGUGGCCGUCGACGCGUGCGACAGACCACUGCAAAGUCUGGCAUGGUUUGGCCGCCUCGGUCUGAAGAAGACCUCCAAGCAAAGAGAGAAGCUGAGUUUUCCAGACCCGGCAACUGGCGGUGGAGCCAAAGCGGUGGAUACAACCCGAGGGAUUUGAACGAGGUCUGGGAUGAGAUCGGCUACAACCCGUACACGGGCGAGUACCGGGAGCCGCAGGAAAGGCAAGCUGAUGAGGAGACGUGGGUUGAGCCCCCGACUUGGGCAACAAGUCGGCCCGAUCCAAGUCCGCCACCCUCCAGGCCACGGCCAGCGUCACCACAGGAAGUGGAAGAAGCCGCUCCGGAGUUUCGCUUGGAAAUCCUGCCAUAUCUCGCCGUCAUUUCUGUGUCGCUGUACUUUGCAUUGGCUCCGGAGCAGCUGCCUUGGGUCUCAGAAGAGGAGCGGGAACGACGGUACGAUGAGCUUGCUCGCAUUGAAGAGCUGAAAGCGCGGCAGCUGGAACAGCGACAACUUGAAGAAGUGUUUUGGCGACAGAACCUCAAGAAGAUGCAGACUGAAGAACUCUCUGCCCUUGCCGAAGCACGCGAAGAGGACGAGCCGCAGGUCAAACGUGCCGCUGGCAGAUGGGUCAUCGAGGAUAGCAUGGAUGAAGAAACGCUGAAUUCGCAAUAG